UCGUCCACCCUCCGGGCCUCUGGGGGCGCGCUGCUGUGUUUCCGUUCAGACAAACGGAAGUGAUAGAGGCUCAACACGUGUGGAGUGUGACCACAGCGCGUGUUGUUACCGGCGGCUCGAGGAUCGAUCACUUCAGCUCCGAUCACAGCUUCGACCAGAAAUGACUAAAGUGAAGAAGGACAAAGUUCCCGCGGACGGAGAAGAAGCCGCCGGCGGGAACGAGAAGUCUUACCAGGAGCUGAUCGAGAACGUGAACGCGAUCUGCGCGCCCCUGGCCUCCCGGAAACUCAGCAAGAAACUUUACAAGUGCGUCAAGAAGGUUUUCUUCUCUGUUCAGGAUCUGGGUUCGUCGGCAGGAUCCAAGCGGCCGACCUGUGUAAUCCUGAUCAAACCUCAUCAGGAUUAUCAGGAAGCCUAUGACGAGUGUGCGGACGAGGUGUCCGCUCUGCCCAAACCGCUCUGAGAUGCCUGAGCCAAUCAGGAAGCAGCUCUGAGGUCACCACUGCUUUUUGGAAAUCCUCUCAUUUCUCGUGAGAAGCUCCGCCUCCCUCUGAUGAGCUAGGCUAACUGUUUCCCUCUGCCUCAAGUGUGUGUGCUAAGCUAGGCUAACCACAUGUUGGAGAAUGAGUUUUUCAUGUGUAAAUAAAGUUUUUGUUGUUUUGUUUGAUAAAUGAACAAAUUUCAUUAAUUUUUUCCAGAAACCGUGAAAUAACAUGAAUGUAAAUAAAGUUUUGAGCAGACGGACGGAGGUUUGUCCUCACUUUAUAUUUCAUCGUAAGAAAUCUGUUCAUUUACUUUGAUAGUUUUACUUUUUCUGUGACUGAUUUAACUUUUACUCUUGAGACGUCAGAUCUGAUUGAACUGAAGUUUGAUGUAUUAAAAUAAACGACUGUUUCAUCCGAGGCUUCUCAUUAAUAUUUGUUACAAGUUAGAAAUUCACCUUUUUAAUUAAAUGAGUGAAUCUGAACUGAAA